AUGGUUUCUCCAAUAAAGCGCAGCAAACAGAAGCGUGCGAGUCUGGAGUCUGCGUUUGAAGGCCUGAAUAUCUCCUCGACCCCAUCGACACAUGUAGCCGCUCCCAAAGGUCACAUUGGGAAAUCACUGGCCAAGAUGAUGAAGUCGACUUUGCGUCUCGCCCAUGGAACGUUGUCCCGCUCCGUUCGUGGGAUUGAGACAAAAUUUACCAUCAUCCAGGAUGAAGUUUACAAUUACAAGAUUGCCCACCAAGAUUUUGAUCCUGAUGCUGUUUUCCCAGAGAUGAUGGAGCUUGAGAGCGAAGUACAACGCCUCCUCCAAAGCACUCUGGAUCCAAAGCAGCAAGCCAACUUGGAGGAUCAUAUCUUGGAGUGUCUUACAAAAAUGGUCUAUGGGUCGAACAUGAUCGAAAAAGCGGGCUGUGGACUUGAUAUUACCUGGAAUCUCUGUAUGAUGAUUUUCCGUGGAGAAAAUGUGUCCGAAGACAUUCAAGAACGGGACGAGGAGUACCAGAAAAUCAAGGCAGAGCGCAUGAAAGCAAAGCUUUCCACGAGCUCUUCAGCCAUCCUGCGCAGUCGUCGCGAGAUAGUGCAGCACGCCAAGGCUGCUGCGUAUAUCAUAACGCAACUCUGCCUCCAUGACCAGGACCUGUCUGAGGAACUUAUUUUGGAAACGCAUCGCAUUCUUACUUACAAAGUUGAUGCCGAAACUGCACCCUGGACUGAAUAUAGUGGUGUUUAUCGUUCCGUUGACGUUAGUGCUGGGUUUAACACUUUCACCGCUCCAACGGCUCUUCCAAUCAAGAUGAAAGAGAUGAUCCGCCAACUGGACAGCGAUAUGAGCGAGGCCAUCAAGUCUGGAUCUAUUGAUCCAAUCAGUCUUGCGGCGAAGUAUACGCAUAUUUUUGUGAACAUUCACCCUUUUCUUGAUGGAAAUGGCCGUAUGUGCCGUCUUAUCUUGAACUCAAUGCUCCUUAAGUUUGGAAGUUUCAUAGUUUGUCUCGGAGAACUUGGUCCCGAGCGCAGCCUUUAUCUUGAGGUGGCCUCGUCUGCUUCACAGCUCGAGACGACAUACGAUGGACGCGAGGAGGAAGAAAAGCCAGUUAUGUACAAGGAGCUGGCGAGUUUUGUGUUGAGUUACGCCAAGACUAGUUUGGGAAAGUUGGUCAACGCCAUUGCAAAAUAG